AUGAAACUGGCUGAUCUAGAGGACAUUAGUUCAGAGGAGGAUGAUCUGCCGCUUACGGAAGACUCGACCCCACACGGCGGUUCCGGGUCUGCUACGAGUCGAACGACUAGCAAGAUGUUAGCCGCCACCAGUGGUAAUAAGCGCGCGGUGAAGCCGGAGGCUGGGAAAUCAACUGCCUUUGGAACCCCUAAAAGUGCCUCCGCCGCUAGCCGAAGGACGCGUAAACCGGGACUGGCAACGAGUGCACCCACGACAACAGCCUCUGACACUUUUUCGCGAAGAUCGCAGUCAACUAAACCGGUUUCAACGCCAGUAUCUACCAAAAGGCGAAAGCAACACAAACAGCCUACGUCAGCUGCUCGUCACAGUGCAAAGAGGAUAACCCUCAGUGACAAUGAGGGAAGUUCUUCAAGUAGCAUCAGACGACUGUCGUCUUCGUCAUCGGCAUCGUCCUCUUCCGCCUCGUCCUCCUCGUCUGCCAGUGAAAAGACAACCACUGCUACCACUGCAGUUGACUCGAAACCGAAAGAGUUGACUUCUACGCCCAUCCGCAAGACGAAUGCGCCCGGAAAGAUCCAACAGCAGAAUCGGUCCAAGAAGAAACCAGUCAGACCGGUGACCAACUCACAAAGCAAGAAGGAACCGCCGACAACAACAAAAACGACAGCCGAGAAGGACUCGGAUUCCUAUUCAGACAGUGACGACGACAGUGACAACAGUCUCCUGGCAACCAGUGAUGCACUACCGCGACUGACUCGUAGCCAGCAUCGUCUCCUGCUGGGGGACAUUCCGCCGGGAACAGCUCUUCUUACUGCUGCUACUCCCUGUCAGCCUUCCGCACCAGCCGCUGGUGGGGAAGCUGAAAUUUCUGCAGAGGCUGAAACAAGAGAAAAACCAGAAGAGGAGGAAGAGGAGAAGAAGGACGAACAGAAGACAAGGCGAGCCAAGAGCGCCCCUGUUAUGGGACAAAAAAGGCGUAUCAAGUCAGAGGAGGACACGAAAUCAGUAUCGGCAAAGCUUGAGAUUGAGGCCGAUGUUCGGGCUACGAGUAAAUUGGAUUUCUGUCGUUUUAUUUUAUAA